AUGGAAGCUAUCAACAGCCUCGCAAACACCGCCUCCAAGGCCAUCUGGGGCGAGCCCAACCAAGAGGAGCCCGUGUCUGGCGUCAAGGGCGACACCUCCAAGGGCGAGCCGUUUGACGCUGGCAACAAAGGUGAGGAGCAAGACGCCCUCAACUCCGGCAGCACAAACACCACCGCCACCGCCACUACCACCACCACCACCCACAACAACUCUACCGCUGGCACCGGCACCGGCACCGGCGGCCCCACCGAGACCAAGGACUCGUCCGUCACCGCCGGCGACAGCACAAAGGCCCAGAACGACGUCCGCGACCCCUCCAACCCGCAGACCGACGAGGCCAAGGCCGAGGCCAAGAAGGACGUCGACAACGACACCAAGUCUGCCGGCGGCGGCCUGCCCGGCAAGGACGAGAUCAAGGGCCCCGGGCCCAAGCCGCUCGACCAGGUCGCCAAGCAGCACGGCGGCGACGCCGGCAAGGCUUCCUCGGGAGAGGACGUGAGCAAGACGGAAGGGGCCGGGCAGCAAAAAGCACAGGAGGAGGAGGACGAUGAUGGCCCGCAGAAGGUCAGCCACGGCGAGGGCACGGGCGAGAAGUACGUCAAGAGCUCCGGGCUCAAGGCCGACGGCGGCGACUUUGACGCCGCUAACCCCGGCGCCGGGCGCGAGGCGGACCGCCUCCUAGAGGAGAAGGGCGUCCACACGGGCGGUGACAACCACGUCGGCGCCGGCGGCCUGAACAACAACGCGGACGGCAGCAGCAGCAAGGACAAGUCCGGCGCCGGCGGCCGCGACUCGUCGCCCAAGGAGACCAAGGAGAAGCGGAGCCUGAGCGAGAAGAUCAAGGCCAAGCUGCACAAGAAUUAA